CACACUGAUUUUCAUCGUCGUGUGCAGUUGAAAAGGCAGUAGAGAAGAUCAGUACCAAGAAAAUAAAUAUAACAAUUCAAUACAAAUCAAAUUUAUUAAGUGCUGUGUGCGUAGAUCUAUGAGAUAUUUCGGGCAAGUGCACGCAUACAAACAGCGUGCUCGGCCCCAUUACCUAUGACGACAAGCUGAACAAAGGGUCAGCAGCCGUUGCAGCAGUUCAUUUGAUAUUGAAAGCCCCACAUGUCCGCCAAAGCCGAGGCGGACAAUCUAGCCGCCAGCGCAACUGGCGGCGGCUCUGGAGGCGGUAAUAGCAACUCCAAUGGCACCGUAACACCAGCGCGACGCCUGCGCACACGCAACUCAACCGGUGGCAGUGGCAGCGAGUCGGCCAAGAAGAACACCAACAACAGUACCCACAAUAAUAAUAACAACAAUAACAACAAUACCAACAACAACAACAACAAUAAUAAUAAUAAUAACGAAUCAGCUGCAACGGGCAACGAUGGUUCAGCAGCAACAACAGGAAUCAUGCCAACAUCAGCUGGUGGAGGAGGUGGUGCAGCCACCGGUGGUGGCGGUGGUGGUGCUGCUGCAACUGGAGCGACUCCCAGCUCCGUGGAACGCCCCAUGCCCAGCGUGCCGAUGAAUCAUGCCAGCAGCAGUGUUUCGGCCAGCAAAAAAUAUCACAAUAGCUGUCCGCAUCCAACGCCCACAGUGCACAAGAAGUCGCUGCACACCAAGCCGCAUAGCAGCAAUAAAUUUGAUCAGGGCAAGAACGAGGAAUUCCAUUUUGAUACGCCGCCCGAGUGUCCUGUUUUCCGGCCGACAGCGGAGGAGUUUAAAAAUCCAUUGGCAUACAUUAGCAAAAUACGCUCCAUAGCUGAGAAAUGUGGCAUUGCCAAGAUAUUACCGCCGGAGAAAUGGUCACCGCCAUUUGCUGUCGAUGUGGAUAAGUUACGUUUUGUGCCACGCGUCCAGCGUCUCAAUGAAUUGGAGGCCAAGACGCGUGUCAAAUUGAAUUUUUUGGAUCAAAUCGCCAAAUUUUGGGAGCUGCAAGGCUCCUCCCUGAAAAUCCCCAUGGUGGAGCGCAAAGCUCUAGAUCUAUAUACUCUGCAUCGCAUUGUGCAGGAGGAGGGUGGCAUGGAGCAGACCACCAAGGAGCGCAAAUGGGCCAAAGUGGCCAAUCGCAUGCAGUAUCCAUCCAGCAAGAGUGUUGGUGCCACACUCAAAGCCCACUACGAGCGAAUACUUCAUCCCUUUGAGGUCUACACCUCUGGUAAGGUAUUGGGACCUGGCGCGGCACCUACUGCCGUGAACGCAACGCCCGUCAAGCUCGAGGAUGUUGGCACCGAUUACAAGGCCCAUGAAAUACCCACACGUCAGCAAAUCGCGCCGCCAAAUGAAAAUAAUACGCGUCGCUCGAAGCGCUUUGGCAAUUCAAAUGCCAGCUGCGGCCUAACCACGGUCAAGCCAGGCGCUGCUGCAGUCACCAUCAAAACGGAAACCAAGGAAGAUUUUAAACGCGAUCUUUUGAGCAGCUUCAAUGCAGUCAAUGCUGGUGGUGGUGGUGGUGGUGGUGGUGGUGGUGGUGCCGCUGGCGGCGGUCAAUCAACCGGCUGUGGGGCAACAACACCUGCACCCAAUACACGUGCCACCCAAAAGAAAGCCAGCACCGAGCCACAGCAACCGCUUAUCGAUCCGCUAAUGAAGUACAUCUGUCACAUUUGCAAUCGCGGCGAUGUCGAGGAGUGCAUGCUGCUCUGUGACGGUUGCGACGAUAGCUAUCAUACCUUCUGCUUGUUGCCACCACUGAGCAGCAUACCAAAAGGUGAAUGGCUGUGCCCACGUUGCGUUGUGGAGGAGGUGAGCAAGCCGCAGGAAGCUUUUGGUUUCGAGCAGGCCGAGCGUGAGUACACAUUGCAGCAGUUCGGUCAGAUGGCCGAUCAGUUCAAGCAGGAAUAUUUUCGCAAACCUGUGCACUUGGUGCCAACGGAGAUGGUGGAGCGCGAAUUCUGGCGUAUUGUCUCCUCGAUUGAUGAGGAUGUUACAGUGGAAUAUGGCGCUGAUUUGCAUACUAUGGAUCAUGGCUCUGGUUUUCCCACAAAGAGCUCACAUUAUUUGCUGCCCGGUGAUCAGGAGUAUGCCGAAUCCAGUUGGAAUUUAAAUAAUCUACCGCUACUGGAGGACUCAAUACUGGGGCAUAUUAAUGCCGAUAUUAGCGGCAUGAAUGCGCCUUGGAUGUAUGUGGGCAUGUGCUUUGCUGCCUUUUGCUGGCACAACGAGGAUCACUGGAGCUAUUCGAUUAACUAUUUGCAUUGGGGCGAGCCAAAGACUUGGUACGGUGUGCCCGGCUCCUGUGCCGAACAGUUCGAGGAGACCAUGAAACGCGCCGCGCCCGAGCUAUUCUCCUCGCAGCCGGAUCUGCUGCAUCAACUGGUCACGAUUAUGAAUCCCAAUAUAUUGAUGAACAAUGGUGUACCCGUAUAUCGUACCGAUCAGCAUGCCGGCGAAUUUGUCAUUACCUUUCCGCGCGCCUAUCAUGCCGGCUUUAAUCAGGGCUACAAUUUCGCCGAGGCCGUCAAUUUUGCGCCAGCAGAUUGGCUUAAAAUGGGACGCGAAUGCGUCAAUCAUUAUUCAAUGCUGCGUCGCUUCUGUGUGUUCUCGCACGAUGAGCUAGUCUGCAAGAUGGCCUUGGAGCCGGCCAAGCUGACUUUUGGCAUUGCGACCGCUUGCUAUAUAGACAUGGCCGAGAUGGUUGACACGGAGAAGAAACUGCGCAAAUCUCUGUUGGAAUGGGGCGUCACACGCGCCGAACGACGCGCCUUCGAAUUGGUCAACGAUGAUGAGCGCCAUUGCCAGGAGUGCAACACCACCUGCUUUCUAUCGGCCGUUGCCUGUGAGUGCAACGAUAAGCUGAUUGUCUGCCUGCGCCACUACACGGUACUCUGCGGCUGUGCGCCAGAGAAGCAUACGCUCAUCUAUCGCUAUACGCUGGACGAGAUGCCGCUGAUGCUGCAAAAGUUAAAGGUUAAGGCGCACAGCUUUGAGCGUUGGCUAUCCCGUUGUCGCGACAUUGUCGAUGCACAUACGCCCACAUCGGUGACGCUGUCCGAGCUGCAGGAGCUCUGCAAGGAGGCCGAGACCAAAAAGUUUCCCUCAUCCCUGCUCAUCGAUCGGCUCAAUGCAGCCGCCAUUGAGGCGGAGAAGUGUGUCACGGUUAUACAACAGCUGGGCAUUAAUAAGGUGCGCACCCGCUCCGAUCACAAUCAGGAAGCAGCACAAUAUAAGCUGACCAUGGAGGAGCUGGAGCUGUUUGUGCAGGAAAUCGAUAAUCUGUGCUGCAUCAUAGAUGAGGGUGCCUCGGUGCGUGAGCUGCUUGUGCUGGGACGACAGUUUGUGGAACGCGCCGAUUCGCAGCUGCAGCUAUCGCUUGAGGCGCUCGAGGAGAACGAUUUGGAGACGCUCAUCAAUGAGGGCAGCUCGUUGCGCAUUGAGCUCCAGCAGCUGGAUCAGUUGCAGAAGCGUCUCAAACAAUGCAAAUGGUACAAACGCUCCCAGGGCUUGCGCGAGACCAGCUCGAAGCUGACCUAUAAGGAUGUAAAGAACCUGUUGCAUACGGCAGCCGCUGAUCUGGAUCCGACCGAUCCGUAUGUGGAUCGUGAGAUGCGUAAACUGCAGCAAAUUGGCGCCGCUAUCGAGGCAUGGGAAUCACAGGCAGCUAAAUAUUUUCGACGACUCAAUCAGCAGCAUGAGCUGGCCGAGAUUGAGCAGUUUCUUAAGUCCGCCAGCGAAAUCAAUGGGCAGGUGCCGUCGCAUGGCGUCUUAAAGGAUGCACUGCGCAAGGCACGGGAAUGGCUGCGUGCUGUGGAACAAUUGCAGCAAAAUAAUCACGUCACCUACUGUCACACGCUGGAGGCGAUGAUCGAUCGUGGUCUCAAUAUACCCAUCCAGCUGGAGGAGCUCGGUCGCAUGCAGGGCCAUCUGAGUAGUGCACAUCAGUGGAAGGAGAAUACGGCGCGUGCGUUCUUAAAGAAGGGCACAUUCUAUACGCUGCUGGAGGUGCUGAUGCCGCGUGCAGAUGCCAUCAAUAUUGACUCGGAUCUCAAGCCGCGUUUCCAAGAUGAUUUCCUAAAGGACAAGAAUCCCGCCGAAAUAGUGGCCAGCUUCAAGCAUGCCGAGGAGCAGGAAUUGCGCGAUAUGCGCGAUCUAAGGCGCCAGAAUAUGACCAAGAAUCCCUUGCGCGACGUCUUCUGUCUAUGCAAGUCCGAAUUUCGGGGCCUCAUGCACAAUUGCCAGCUGUGCCGCGAUUGGUUUCACGAGGAUUGCGUGCCACCGGUGCCGGAAGCCCAGCCACUGAUGGCCCAACAAAAUGGCAAUGGCAAUGGCAAUGGAGGUGCAAUUAAUGGUGGAGUUGGAGUUGCAUCAAUGCCGGCACAAGAAAAGUGGCUGUGUCCGAGCUGUGUGCGUUCGAAGCGUCCACGUUUGGAGACCAUUCUGCCGCUGCUCGUGCAGCUGCAACAGCUGCCCAUACGUCUACCUGAGGAUGAGGCGUUGCGCUGUUUGGCGGAGCGUGCCAUGAACUGGCAGGAUCGUGCACGCAAAGCGCUCAGCAGUCCCGACGUCAGCGCCGCUCUAGAUGCCAUUUUGGUUCAACAUCAGAAGCGUCGCACGGAGAGCACCAGCUGCGGCGCCGCCGUGCUGGGCAACAUAAGCAGUCCAAGGAAGCCGCGACGUACGCACAAUCUGUCCAAGCAGGAAGCCAACAAUGCGGGGCGUUCCGAGUCAGAUAACGAGGAUAAUGGGGAUGAUGUGGAUGACGAUGACGAUGACGAUGAAUGCCGGCUGCGCAUUGUGGAGGAUGGGUAUAGCAAUGAUGAGGACGAGCAGCUGCCGCGACACGCGGCCAACAAUGUGCAAAUCACCAGCAACAACAACAGCAGCAGCAGCAGCAGCAACAACAACAGCACUGAUCUCUUAAAAUUGCUCUCCGAAAGCGAAAUUGAGAAUCUGCUCGAGCUAAUGAUGGAGGGCGAUUUGUUAGAGGUGUCGCUGGAUGAGACGCAAGAGCUGUGGCGCAUACUGGAAACGAUGCCGCCGACAACGCUGCAAGCGGAGGCAAAAUCGCGUGUCGCCCAACAUUUGCAACAGCACCGUCAGCAGCAGCAGCAAAUCCAGGCGACAACAGGCACACUGGUGGCAACAACCACAUCUAGCAUCCAUAGCGGCGCUGAGGAUUCCAAUGAUAGCCUGCUUGUGCAGAAUAGUCCGAGUCCCGGCGCUGGCAGCGGCGCGGCGCAGGCGGCGGCAGUGCGCAAUAAAAAACGUCGCUCCAAUGAUGCCAGCAGCGCCAAUGUGGCUGUGCCGCGCAAGAAACAGAAUACGCCCAAACAGACGCCGGGCAAAAAGUCGCAAGCGGUGCGCAAAAGUGACAGCAAGGCGAGCAGCUCGCCCGGCGUCGAUGCGGAUGCCGAGAACAAGCAGGCGAACGGUGGGAAUACAACGGCAACAACACCAACGACACCGGCCGCAACGACACCAGCAGCUGGCGCCACGCCCAUGCCGGCAUCUGGCCACAAGAAGCGCAAGCGCACAACCACUACGACAACAACAACAAACACAACAAACAAUAAUAAUAACAACAACAACAAUAACAGCAGCAGCAGCAGCAACAACAACAACAAUGGCAACGGCAAUGCCGGCAACACGCCCACCACAGCGGGCAAUAACAAUCCAACAACAGGUGGCGCUGGUGGCGGCGGCGGACAGAAAAAGCAUGCGCAACGCACACAGCAAACGGCACAGGAGGAUGACGAAGAGGAAUGCCGUGCCGAGAAUUGCCAUAAGCCAACCGGACGUGAGGUGGAUUGGGUGCAAUGCGAUGGCGGCUGCAACGAAUGGUUUCACAUGUACUGUGUGGGCCUGAAUCGUAGUCAAAUUAAGGCCGACGAUGAUUACAUAUGUAUUCGCUGUUCGAAAACUGUCAGCGUCGGCGUCGCCGGCGGCAGCAGCAGUUUAACGGUGACCACAACGACAACCAGCAGCCUGACGCUGAGCACAGGAACGCCAGGGAAGCAGCGAGCAGCGCAGUCGGCGCGGUAGACUGCAGAAAAUGUGGAUUGGAUCGCAAGCAAAACCAACAACAACAACAACAACAAGAACAACAUCAAUUUGACAACGGUUGGCAGCACCCUCGAUUAAAGCUUGUAAUUUAUCGAUAAACUGCUAACGCAGUGUUUAUCGCACACGCAUAGACAAAACGAACUCACACACAGACACAGAGAGAGAGAGAGAGAGAGAAGAGCAGCCAACACUCACGCAACGUAAUGCGUUAAACGGUAUUUACUAAGUUUUAGUAAAAAAAAAAAAAAAAAAAAAAAAAAAGAAAAAAAGUCACUUAAACGUUUUGUGUAGUACAUAUUUACUAAUUAUUGCUAUUAUAACGCAAACGUAUUUCAAAAUGCAAAUAUGAGCAGAAAAUUAACACACACACACAAACGGACACACGCAAACACAAUUGAAAAAGUAACUAAUUAUGUGAAAAU